AUGGAGGACCGGCAUAGAAGCCGUAACGUAAAGAUAAGAGGGGUCCCCGAAACCGUGACCCAGGAUGACCUACAGGGAUAUAUUGGACGACUCCUCUCCUCCCUACUCACGCCACAGCAGAUGAAGACAGCCCUCACAGACGGGAUCUACCGAAUCCCAAGGGCCGCCAGUGCCCCAGCAGACACCUCGAGAGAUAUCAUCCUCCAAUUUCAAACGCGGACAGGCCAAGCAACCCUCAUGGCAGCGGUGAGGGGGAAGGCAUCCCACCUCUUUGAGACAGCCAGCCUGUCAUUCUUUCAAGACCUAUCUAGGCCUACCCUGCUGUGGAGGAGCCUCCUCAAACCCCUGACGACCACUCUCCGCCAAACCUCCAUCCCAUACCGCUGGGCAUUCCCCAGAAGCUUGAUCAUCACACAUGAGGGCGCAACAACACGGGUCACAGACCCAUCGGAAAUAGACUCAGUUUUGGCAGCGCUAGGCCUACCUCCACGACAGGAACAAGCUACAACCGACCGGAGACCAAAGGCCCAUCACACCUGGGAUGUAGCAAACAUCAGUCCGUUUCAACCCUCUAACAUCAAUGUCCCGUCAUCCAAGGCUUCCAAGGAGCAUCGAGUAAACUGGCACCGAGGGGAUACUUAA